GUAUUAUUAUUGCCCCAUUUUAUGGAUGAGGGGCCCAGAACCGUUACAAAGGCCACUCACGCAAUCAGCACCGUUUUCCGAGAUCGGGGCCACACACUAUUCACUGCCCAGGGGAGCUGGACUGGAGGAAAGGCCGAGGCUUCACGCUGGGGUCACUCCUGAGUCCUCGACAGGGGUGAGGGUGGGGUGGGGUGUUGGUGGCGGAGCGGCGCCACUUCCCUUCGUCCUUGCUCCGCGGCGUCCCCACCCCCUCCCCCCUCCCCCCGAGCCGAGGGGACGGUUGACUCAGCGGGCAGCGGACGCUCGAGCAACUGCAAGCGCCGGGCACCGGUCCGGGCCGGUGGAACCUGAGCGCGAUCCGCGGACGCGGCGCUCCACCCAGCUUGGUGCUCAGCUCUCGGCUCGCGCCGGGGUCCGCGCUGGGCCUCCUCGCACCCUGACUUCCCGGCGCCCGGCCCCGCCCUGGGCUCACGAGCGUGACACCCCUCCCGGCCACCAGAGACAGCUUCACCAUGAGUGGGGCCCUGAUGGAGAGGUAUGUGGCAGCCAUGGUGCUGAGUGCAGCUGGAGAUGCCUUGGGAUACUUCAAUGGAAAGUGGGAGUUCCUCCAGAAUGGGGAGAAAAUUCACAGGCAGCUGGCCCAGCUUGGUGGCUUGGAUGCCAUAGAUGUGGAGAGGUGGAGAGUCAGCGAUGACACCGUGAUGCACCUGGCCACAGCAGAAGCACUCCUGGAAGCCGGCAAAGUCUCAGACUUGACUCACUUGUAUUCCCUCCUUGCUAAGCAUUACCAGGACUGCAUGGGAGACAUGGAUGGCCGGGCACCAGGGGGUGCCUCAGUGCAGAACGCCAUGCUGCUGGAGCCAGACAAAGCCGAUGGCUGGAGGAUUCCCUUUAACAGUCAUGAGGGUGGCUGCGGGGCCGCCAUGAGGGCCAUGUGCAUUGGUCUCCGGUUCCCUCACAGCAGUCAGCUGGACUCACUGAUCCAAGUGAGCAUCGAGAGCGGCCGGAUGACCCAUCACCAUCCCACAGGCUACCUGGGAGCCCUUGUGUCUGCUCUUUUUACAGCCUAUGCUGUGAACGGCAAGCCUCCCCAGCAGUGGGGAAGAGGACUGAUGGAGGUACUUCCGGAAGCUAAAAAGUACAUUUUCCAAUCAGGCUACUUUGUGGAGCAGAAUCUUCAACACUGGUCUUACUUCCAAGACCAGUGGGAAAAGUACCUAAAACUCAGAGGAAUUUGGGAUGGCAAAUCAGCCCCUACCUUCCCCAAGCCCUUUGAUGUGAAGGAAAGGGAUCAGUUCUACACUUCUGUGAGCUACUCUGGUUGGGGCGGCAGCAGUGGACACGAUGCCCCCAUGAUUGCCUAUGAUGCCAUCCUGGCUGCAGGAGACUCCUGGAAGGAGCUUGCCCACCGAGCAUUUUUCCACGGUGGAGACAGUGAUUCUACCGCUGCAAUUGCUGGCUGUUGGUGGGGAGUGAUGUAUGGUUUUAAAGGAGUGAGUCCCUCCAACUAUGAGAAGCUAGAAUACAGAAACCGGCUGGAAGAGACAGCUAGGGCUUUGUAUUCUCUUAGGUAAUUACCCUAGGGAGAAGUGACAUUCAUUUCUGGUGGUUUCUCCUCUUGUGUAGUCCCUUUUCUACUGUUUCACUUUUUUCAAAGUCAAGAGUCUUAACCUUGUACUCAGGGAAUUUUGAGGUAACAGUCCCUUGGGCACCUGUUACCCAAGGGAACAUUGAAGCUCAAUGUUUCCAAACUUAUCCUGUCUUCACCAGCCCCUGCCCCAAAUGUACCCCUCUUCCUAUCCUGAAGAGUCUAUUUCUCAGUUAAUGGGAUCAGCAUUUCCCAAAUUAGAAAUCAUAUAGCCUCAUAUUUGGGUUUCCAUUUUUACCAUCUGAUCUUUCACUAAGUUGUUUUUUUUUUUUUUUUUUUCUUUCUGUUUGUUUCAGGUUGGGUUACCAAAAGUGGAUUCUAAGACAAAGAUCUGAGUGCAAGUAGUUUUCUUGGGAGGUGAUUCCAGGAAGGACUGUUAGGAGAAUGGGGAAAUGAAACAGGGAAGGGAGAGGAGCCAGGACAAGGUGUGUUGAUGAGCAGGUUCCCACUGUAGGCACUUGAAAUGCAGUCCAUCUGGGUCCUUUGCAUACGGCACUCAGAGUUGUCCCACUGUCUUCCAUCUGAUGUUGGUGGAGGACCACUCUUAUGGGUGCUAACUCCCUGGUGCUUCCUGGCCUGCCUCUUGUAAAGCCAAACAUGAGUGUCUCUAGGUUAAGACUCAGAUGUUUGCAGUGGCAGGCUGUAGGGUGCAUGGGAACAGUGAGUUGUGUAUGUGGGGGUCCCCACAGUGUCUGCUAGAUGGUUCUACAUCCUGAAUAUCCUUCAGAUCUGUCAUUCUUUUACCUUAUGGCACCACAUAUUUUUCAGCUGGAUUUCUGUAUUGCAAACUAUUUAAGUGAAGAGAUUCUGCUCCUAUUAACAGCUGCACCCUCUAAUUUCCUAGGUAUUGCACUUGACAUGGUGCCAGCUCGUUGUCACGUAUUUGACAGUCUUUAUUCUCCUCUAGACAGAAUCUAGCAUGGUGCCCAGGUGCACAAGAGAUGCUUCAUCAACAUAUAUUAAAUGAAUGUUGUUUAUUAGCCUCCUGUCUGGUGCCUCUAAUUCCAGUACUGCCUUCCGCAUUGCCCUCCAGAGAGAUCUUUACAAAUACAUAACAAGUCGAUCAUACUGCACUUGUAAUCAUGUACAAUGAAUACUUACCCCCUGCUUCUUCAUUUCCGGGAGCUCUUCCUUCUCCUCUUUUACCUUCAAGUUCCAGCUCAAGUAGCAUCUCCUUGAUGAAAACCCACUCUGACUGUUCAGGCUCUUGGCCCUCUCUCUUCAAAACACCCACAGCCUUCUGUCUCCAGCUCUGUCACCAUACUGAGCGUGUUGUGCGGUGACUGUGGGUCUUCUGAGGACCCUCUGAGGCUGCUUGUGAAGGCUCGUGUCUCACCCUCUUUGUGGUCUUCCUGUCUAGCCUACCGGAGACACUCAGUGUUUACUGUGGAGGUUCAUCAGUUGGUUUUGAUGUGAAUGCUUUGAGCAUGCACUGUCUCUUGUGUUUCAAAUGCCCUCUACUUCAUAACUAUUAGGAGUGACCUGUGCUAGCCUGAGAGAGAUGAAGGAUUUGAGGCUUUAACCAGGCCUGUGUGCUGACUUCAGUGAGACAGAGAUCUCAACUCUGUAUCUGAAGCAGGACUGCAGCAAAGGCAUCAAAUUUAUCAUUCUUUUGUAUGUAAAGGGAGAAGAAAAUUCCAAAGCUCUUUUUCUGGUUCAAAAGCUCUCAGGUAUUUAUAUAUUUCAGAAAACAGAUGUGUUUUAAAUAAUGAAACUAGUACAGUAGAUUCUUCAGCAGGACAAUCAGAAAUUGCAGACUUUUAGGGGUGGGGAUUUACCAUUUACAGAACAUGGUAAUAACCUCUUAAAUGCAGGUGUCUUAAAUCCAGGUGCACAAGAAGACUCCUCUGUAGAAAUAUUUUGAAGACAGUAUUAGAAUAAUAGAAAACAAUAAAUACAUAUUUACACAGGAUUCUUGAACAGAAGAUUAAGAUGGAGACUUUUAUGACUGUUUUUCAAUUUCCCACUUGAUAAAAAGUGACAGUACAGAAUAGCCUGUACUUUUCUGCAGCUGUAGGAAAAAAAGGAAACAUUUUUUCUGUGUCUUUCUGUCAGGAGAGCUUGCAGUAUUUAUUUAUUUGGCUGCACCGGGUCUUGCAGCCUGUGGGAUCUUCAGUUGCGGCAUGCAAACUCUUAGUUGUGGCAUAUGGGAGCUGUUCCCUGACCAGGGAUCAAACCCAGGCCCCCUGUAUUGGGAGCAGAGUCUUAGCCACUGGACCACCAGGGAAGUCCUCUACCUGCAGUUUUAGGGUGGAGCACUAGAAUUCAGUUAGCACUCACCAAGUGGCAAAACUGAGAGGCUUAAACCUUGUAAUAUAGAAAAGGGAAGAAGAGCAUUUUAGCCAGUGGAUUCUGAGGCAUGACCUGUUUUACCUCUAUAACUGGUUUGAUGAAUUGUCUGAAUUUAGUGGAAGCAAACAUGGAAUGAUUUUCUUUUUCUCCAGCCACUGCCUUUGUAUAAGCUGCUUUCUCUGCUGCUUAGUGUCAUCUUUUUAGUUUUGUGUGGAGAGGGGGGUGGUGAAGGGUAUUAAAAAUCCAAUCCAGUCCAUCCCAGUCCAGAUUUUUUUAAAUUUCAGCUUUACUGAGAUAUGAAUGAAUGUAAAAUUGUAAGAUA